CCCAUGCAGCUCCACCAUUUUCUCAGAAGUGUUUCCUUCAAUAACAGUGCUGGGGAACAGAUUUCCUUUGACCAAAAUGGGGAAUUAGUCACCGAAUUUGAUGUUGUCAACUGGGUCACCUUCCCAAACCAGUCCUUCCUUCGAGUCAAAGUUGGAAAGACGGAUUCAAAGGCUCCUCCUGACAGAAAGUUCAUCAUUCAUGACAAAGCCAUUGCGUGGCCUACUGUGUUCAACCAGGUCCAGCCUCUUUCUGUUUGCAACGAGAAUUGCCCUGCUGGUUAUAGCAGGAGAAAGAAGGAAGGGAAGCCUUUUUGCUGCUAUGACUGCCUUGCGUGUCCACCGGGGAAGAUUUCAAAUGACAAAGACAUGAACGAAUGUUUUCAGUGUCCAAAAGGUCAGUACCCAAAUAAAGAACAGAAUUUAUGCCUGCCAAAGGACAUAAGCUUUUUGUCUUAUGAAGAACCUUUGGGGAUCAGCUUGGCGGUUGUCACUUUUUCCUUCUUUGUCAUCACAGCUGUGGUACUCGGGAUCUUUAUUAAGAACCGGGAAACUCCCAUAGUCAAAGCCAACAAUCGGGACCUCACCUACACUCUCCUCAUCUCCCUUCUCUUGUCUUUUCUUUGUCCUUUGCUAUUCAUUGGCCAGCCUGAGAAGUGGACCUGUCUCCUUCGACAAGUGGCUUUUGGCAUCAUCUUCUCGGUGGUUGUUUCUUGUGUUUUAGCCAAAACGGUCAUUGUGGUUCUGGCUUUCUGGGCCACAAAGCCAGGGUCCAGAAUGAGGAGAUGGCUGGGAAAAAGGUUGUCCAGUUCCAUUGUCCUUGCAUGUUUCCUUUUCCAAGCUACUAUCUGUACCGUGUGGUUGGCAACAUCUCCUCCAUUCCCAGAUUAUGACAUGGAUUCAUUAUCUGAGAAAAUUGUGUUGCAAUGUAACGAAGGGUCUGUCACCAUGUUUUACAGUGUCCUGAGCUUCCUGGGUUUCCUGGCCAUCAUCAGUUUCAUUGUGGCUUUCUUAGCCAGGAAGUUACCCGACAGUUUCAACGAAGCCAAGUUCAUCACCUUCAGCAUGUUGGUCUUUUGCAGUGUGUGGGUCUCCUUCAUUCCAACCUACUUGAGCACCAAGGGGAAAUCCAUGGUGGCUGUGGAGAUCUUCUCCAUCUUAACCUCCAGUGCUGGGCUACUGGGCUGCAUUUUUUCCCCAAAAUGCUACAUCAUUAUAGUAAGACCUGAGAUGAACAAAAGAGAACAGUUGAUAAAAACAAAGACUUAGAUCUUAUGAUGCAAACCUAAGGAUAUAUUAUAUUAUAUUCAACUGUACUUGGACUGGGGGGCUUAUGUCUUCUUCUGAGCCAAUUGUUUCUUCAUCACAAUGUAUACUUAGUGUGAGCUGUGCAUUUCAUCUGGGAAUGAGGGAGCACAUUUAUAGCUGGGUUUCCAAAACUUGUCAAUUGUCCAUUCUGUUAGUAUUCAAAGCAUCCACAAUCUUGAAACUAACUUUUUAAAGGAGGGGUUUACUCCUUGCUUGAGCCUGUAAUGUUGGCUGUUUCUGGAUUUUUAAUGAGUGUAAUGGUACCAGAUGUUCAGAUUGUAUCAAUGGUUGUAUAAUAAAUUAUUAGACCCCUUGGAAAUAAAUGCAUUUGUAAGUCCGAAA